AUGGCGCCGCUGGGGAAGAAGGAGCUCCUCCGCUGGGCGGCGGAGGCGAGCGGGGUGCGCCCCUGCGACAAGUACGCCGACCUGCGCGACGGGGUGGUGCUGCUGGCGCUCGCGGCCCGCCUGUUUCCCGCCAGCGUCGACCCGCGCCCGGCGCGGCGCGGCCCGGUCGACGCCGCACGGAACUGGGAGGCACUGCGGCGCGUGAUGGGGCGGCAUGGGCUGCCGCUGCACCUCUGCGACCGCCGGGCGGUGGCGGCCGGCCACGCCCGGCACUGCUUCAACCUGCUUGUGCUCUUCUACUUCCUCGCCCGCCUCGCCCAGGACUCGGAGUUCUCCGUCGACUUCGCCAACCCCGUCGACGCCGGCGUGGCGGCGUUCCUGCAGUCGCCGCGGAGUCUGCGCUGCGUCGGGAAGCUCCCCGCGGCGUGCGACGAGCCACCACCACCGCCAGCGUCGUCCGCCUCACCUCCUCCUCCGCCUUCUCCCUCGUUGCCUGCCACCGCUGCGGCGGAGGAGAAGGAGGGGGAGGAAGUUGGUGCCGCGACGUGCUUGCCGCCCGCAGCGUCGCCGGGGACCGCCGCCAAUAACUGCAGCGACGCGGAGGCGCAGGUAGGUCGCUGCUGCGGCGACGACGGCGGCGGCGUGGCGGACCUGCAGAGCCUGCGGCUUGCCAACGCGCGGCUGCAGGAGGAGCUGGAGCACGUGCGGGCCACCUCGCGGUUGAUGCUGGCGCAGCAGCGGGCGCUCCUGGCGGGGGAGGUGGCGCGGACGGCGGAGCAGUUCGAGGUGCGCCUCGCCCUGCUGCGCCUGGAGCGGGACCACGAGGUGCGGCAGUGCCUGCUCGAUGUGCGGGAGGCCUACGACGGCUUUCUUCGCGACGCGCUGGAGAAGGCGCCGCCGCUGCCCGGCACGUCCACUGCCGCAGACGCAGACGUCCCGCCAGGCGUGUCAUUGGCCGCCCACAGGGCGCUGGAGGGCAAGGCGCGCGCCUACGCCCAGGAGCUGGCGGAGGCGCGCGACACCGUGCAGCAGCUCCGCGGCGCCCUGCAGCUGCAGCGCGACCGCCACGAGGCGUUUGCGGAGCGCGUCUGCCACAUCUGCGCCACGGGCCCCGCCGACGGCGCGGCCUCGGACGAGGACGGGCUGGUGCAGAUGAUCGAUGGCAUGCUAGAGGCGCAGCCGCAGCCGGUGCGGGCGGCGGUGGCGCUGCGGCUGAGGACGCUGCUCGCGCAGGCGCAGGCGGGCGACGCCGCCCAGUCGCAAAGCGAGACGCACGCCGAGGAGGGAGCGGCGGCGUGUUGCGGCGCAGGCGGUGACGGGGCGCCCCUGGCGGACGCCAAGGUGCGGCAGCUUCGCACGCAGGUAGAGCGACUCCGACAGGCAAACCAGUUCCUGCGGCAGCAGCAUUUGCCGCCGCCACGCCCGGACUUGAACGCGGUGCCUUUGGCCGACGGCUUGGAGGCGCCGUCGUGCACGAUUGACGCCGAGACGUGCGACGCCAUCUGCGUUCGCGCCAGCGCGGUGGUGGAGGCCCACACACCCGUCGACUCCCUUGUGCGGCAGGAGAUGCGGCGUCUCGUGCUUGCGGUGCAGAUUCUGCAGGCCCGCGUGCAGACCGCGGCGGACGCUCUUCUGGUGUACAGGGACAAGCAGCAGGGCCUACACGAGCAGCUGCUGUGCCUGCAGGAGCAGUGCGGGUCGGAGGCGCACGCGCAGGCCCGCGCCGCGGAAGUGCGGCUGGAGGAGCAGCGACAGCUGCAUGGGGCGAGGGAGGCCGCCCUCACCACGCAGCUGCGUCUCGUGGAGGAGCGCGCCCAGCGGCGGGAGUCCGCCGCGGCGGCGCUGCACGAGCGGGCCCGCGAGAUGUUCUCCGCCUGCGCCUCGCUGCAGCAGCAGCUGCCCGGCCUCAGCGGCGGCGGUGCGGCGGCGGAGGCGCUGCGGCGGGUUUUGGCGGACGCCACUGACGCGCAGCGCACCCGCGACGCGAUGGAGGCCGCCCUCAGCGAGCUGAGCGGCGAGGUGGCGGCGCUGCGCCACGACCGCGCGCAGCAGGAGCAGACGGUGGGAUCCCUGCAGACCUCCCUCGCGGCGGCGGAGGCUGCUGUGCGGGAGGCGCGCGCGGCGGCGAACGCGGCGGGGGAGGCGGCGGCGGUGGAGGUGGACGCCUGUCGCCGGUACAUCGGCCGGGUCCGGGAGCUGCUGCUGACGACGCCGAUGGCGAAGGUUUCGCCGCCCGCGCCACCGCCGAGCCUCACGGGCCCGGCCGCCACAACAACAACGCCGCCGCCGCAGGCGACGCGGCAGACACGCGACACGGCGGCGGCGGCGGCGACCCCGUCGCUGCUCUCCGCGGAGGAGCUGGAGCGGCGCAAGCGGGCCAUCCUCAGCAAAGUACGGCUUUGCGAAUAG